CACAAUACAUACUUUUGUCAAGGUGGAUACCACAUCGUAAGGUCCAUAUCGAUAUGUAUAACUUUAGAAUGAAAUCAAUCUUUUUUUCUCAGGGGUUGUCGAAUUUCAGACGAUACAUACAUUUUGGCACGGUGGUUUCAACAUCACUGUAAAAAUCUGACGUUCGGUAUUGAUAUUUUUUUCCUACAUUUAGGGUAUUUUUCAAAGAAGGGCCUCGUUAGCGCAGUAGGUAGCGCGUCAGUCUCAUAAUCUGAAGGUCGUGAGUUCGAUCCUCACACGGGGCAGCAAACCUUUCAAAAAGACAGUAUUGACUGAAAAUAAAUUCACUGUUGUUUUGGACUUUCACACAAUACACACUUUUGUCAAGGUGGAUACCACAUCGUAAGGUCCAUAUCGAUAUGUAUUACUUUAGAAUGAAAUCAAUCUUUUUUUCUCAGGGGUUGUCGAAUUUCAGACGAUACAUACAUUUUGGCACGGUGGUUUCAACAUCACUGUCAAAAUCUGAAGUUUGGUAUCAGUAUUUAUUUUUGUGUCACAGGAACAACAAUACGGAUAAAUAAAUUAUCUGUUUAUUUGUAGAAAAAAAAGGCACAAAUUAUUAACAUUCAGAUAAACACAUUAUUAUCAUUCUUCUUCUUCGUUGAGAGAUGUUCACGCACACGCAGUCUGAGUCACACUCCAGUCUGAUCCAGGUCCAGUCUGAGUCACACUCCAGUCUGAUCCAGGUCCAGUCUGAGUCACACUCCAGUCUGAUCCAGGUCCAGUCUGAGUCACACUCCAGUCUGAUCCAGGUCCAGUCUGAGUCACACUCCAGUCUGAUCCAGGUCCAGUCUGAGUCACACUCCAGUCUGAUCCAGGUCCAGUCUGAGUCACACUCCAGUCUGAUCCAGGUCCAGUCUGAGUCACACUCCAGUCUGAUCCAGGUCCAGUCUGAGUCACACUCCAGUCUGAUCCAGGUCCAGUCUGAGUCACACUCCAGUCUGAUCCAGGUCCAGUCUGAGUCACACUCCAGUCUGAUCCAGGUCCAGUCUGAGUCACACUCCAGUCUGAUCCAGGUCCAGUCUGAGUCACACUCCAGUCUGAUCCAGGUCCAGUCUGAGUCACACUCCAGUCUGAUCCAGGUCCAGUCUGAGUCACACUCCAGUCUGAUCCAGGUCCAGUCUGAGUCACACUCCAGUCUGAUCCAGGUCCAGUCUGAGUCACACUCCAGUCUGAUCCAGGUCCAGUCUGAGUCACACUCCAGUCUGAUCCAGGUCCAGUCUGAGUCACACUCCAGUCUGAUCCAGGUCCAGUCUGAGUCACACUCCAGUCUGAUCCAGGUCCAGUCUGAGUCACACUCCAGUCUGAUCCAGGUCCAGUCUGAGUCACACUCCAGUCUGAUCCAGGUCCAGUCUGAGUCACACUCCAGUCUGAUCCAGGUCCAGUCUGAGUCACACUCCAGUCUGAUCCAGGUCCAGUCUGAGUCACACUCCAGUCUGAUCCAGGUCCAGUCUGAGUCACACUCCAGUCUGAUCCAGGUCCAGUCUGAGUCACACUCCAGUCUGAUCCAGGUCCAGUCUGAGUCACACUCCAGUCUGAUCCAGGUCCAGUCUGAGUCACACUCCAGUCUGAUCCAGGUCCAGUCUGAGUCACACUCCAGUCUGAUCCAGGUCCAGUCUGAGUCACACUCCAGUCUGAUCCAGGUCCAGUCUGAGUCACACUCCAGUCUGAUCCAGGUCCAGUCUGAGUCACACUCCAGUCUGAUCCAGGUCCAGUCUGAGUCACACUCCAGUCUGAUCCAGGUCCAGUCUGAGUCACACUCCAGUCUGAUCCAGGUCCAGUCUGAGUCACACUCCAGUCUGAUCCAGGUCCAGUCUGAGUCACACUCCAGUCUGAUCCAGGUCCAGUCUGAGUCACACUCCAGUCUGAUCCAGGUCCAGUCUGAGUCACACUCCAGUCUGAUCCAGGUCCAGUCUGAGUCACACUCCAGUCUGAUCCAGGUCCAGUCUGAGUCACACUCCAGUCUGAUCCAGGUCCAGUCUGAGUCACACUCCAGUCUGAUCCAGUCUGAUCCAGGUCCAGUCUGA